AUGGUUGUUGUUGUUGUUGUUGUUUCUGGUUUGUGGUCCAUAUGGUUUGUAGCCUUUAUUGUUCACUUAUUCUUUUGUUCACUUGCACGAUUUCACACCCAAAAUUUCAUAAAACGCCCCAGAAAUGUUCAAACAAAGAGGCGAUACUUGUCAUUGUUAAGUAAAACUAGUAAGUUUCAAGUGAGUGUUAUCCACGCGGAAGAGCAAUGUUUGAUCCGAUAUUCAAGAUUUGUUUUCUUGGAAAGCAUUGCAGGCUUCGCUUACAGAUUCCACUUGAUAAUGAACGUCACUACUUGUGCGCGCGUAUGUGUUGUGAGAUUUCAAACUUACUUACGAACUAUUCAUUACAUUACUAACAACUAA